GGCACUUUCCAAAGUAAUGUCGUUCAUUUGGGAAAGUGAAGCUUCAAAGUAAAACUCAUUUCUCAAAAUGAUAUCUCUAUCUCCCUCUCGUUUCCUUCUUUGCUUCAGCAGGGAUGAACUCAACAAAUUGUUGAUGAAAUUUUAGGAGAAAAUUCAAGGUAGAGCUCAUAUCUGAAGGAAUUUUGCUCAAAUUUUUAUCAAAGUUUUAGUUUUCUUCACUCUUUUGGUUUGAGCUAGAGGUAUUUUUUCCCAUCCCUCUUCUAAUUUUUUUCUUGCAAGCUCCGUCCAGCCUUUUUGUUUCUUGAAUUCGGUUGUUUUUAUCGAAAUUUACGAUUAAUCUUUAUGUUUUAUCUGAUUUGAUAUAUGAAGCUUUUGCUUAAGAAAAAAUUGUACAUGGUAACUUAAGUUCAAGGUAGGUACAAUUGAUUUGGUAGUGUGAUUUUUUUAAUGCUUACGUCAACACCAACAACCGUCAACUCUCGUCUUGUUGGUAAGGUGAGAGCUUCAAGGAUUAUUUCAGAUGGAGCACCCUCCACACAAGCACCGCCCGACGAAGGGGGACAGAGAAAGCUACAUGCUUAAAUCUAGGGAUAAACAUUAAGUCCUAGAGAAAACACACUUCUCAGUUCAAGUCAUUCAAUGCUUAAAUCUAGGGAUAAACAUUAAGUCCUAGAGAAAACACACUUCUCAGUUCAAGUCAUUCAAUAAAAUGUGUUUAGCUAUGCUAUCUUAAAUUAAAACAAUCCUACUAACCCUCCAUAAGCCACAAGAGAUAUGCUAUCUUAAAUUAAAGAAAAAAAGAAUAAUUGCCUACAGUGUCUCUUAAAGUCGGUUACCACGCAUAGAUAAUUAAGAAUUGUUGUGUUUUGUGCUUGUAAGUUGUAACUUCCCUAGGAUCUCCAAAAAGAUCUUUCCUUCAAUACCUCAUCUGGUAUCUUUUGAGACUAAUGCUUUAUUUAUAAAUUGAUUUAGCAUGUAGCUUCACUUAUCACAUAUUUGUGUAUGAACUAUUAGUGAUCUUCAUUAAGUUUAUAUAGUUUUAUUCUAUUUCAUCUUUAUGGAAAAAAAAUACAUAUUGGACAUACAUGUACAAAACUAAAAUUUUCUUUAAGGCUGUUUCAUUCUUUUUACUAGCUUGUCUGAACACAGUAUGUAAACUCUCAUCAACUUAGGCUUGCAGGUUGUCAUUGGCAUUAAUUUAGGCUACAAUUUUGGUUACGACAUGUACGUAAAGUUUUCUAUCGAGCCUUUAGAUCCAUUCUGUGAAAUGCUUAAUUUUCAUACCCUUCAUCAAUUUCCUUCUUUUCUUUUUGUUAGUUGUGCAAUUUGUAUUAGUUAUAAUUAUUCAUUUGACUUAUUUUCACAUUUUUAACCGUGCACAACUUAUAUAUACAUGAAACAUUAUAGAAAACAAUGUCUUAUGUUCUUUGAAAUGGUACAGUAGAGUACAUAUUUCUUCUUUCAUUUAGGCCUUGGACCAGAGUAUGAGUUUAUCCUUUCUUGGUUCUUAUUUCUCAAACUUAAGUUGCCAGAGAUUGCCCUUUUUAUUAUUCGUGCCAGUGUAAAUUUGACCUAGCGCUGGAAAGGCAGUGUUUAUUCAGGGAUAGCGGGUGGUGCACGAGAUGCUUUCUUCCAUGGCAUUCCUUCCGUUGUUGUAUCAUAUGACUGCUAUAAUAUGUAAAGAUAAUCAGCCUACCAAUUUAUUUAAAAUAGUUUAGUUGUUCAAUUUUCACUGGUUUCAUGUUACAAUAUCAAACAGUGACAUUAAAUUCACCUGCCCUCUUUCAAUUGGCAAAAUUUUUCCCAUGCUAACAGUGCUUUCCGUGACAUUUCUUCCUUCACAGUCCAAAGGUAUCUCUUUAGGACAACUUCAAGCAUUUGAAUAACUUUCUUUGGCAACUAAGAUCUGAAUUCAGAAUGUUUGUAUAAAGAUAAAUACACUCUUAAUCAUUUCUGUUACACUUUACGAACAAAGAGAAAACAAGUGGCAACCUUAUUUGCUCGGGCUCUUAAUAUAAAUCAAACGAAGCAUAUAACACAUAGAAAUCACUGAUGUAAAAAAUCAUAUGUCAGUCGCAAGAAAGUUGGACUCAGCUAUAUGGGUCCUUGUUGACUUUGUUGAUAUGCCCUGAAAUGGUCUAUAAUUUCUUGUUUUCCCUUAAACUGCUGAUGUAAAUGAUGGUUGGAAGCACUAGUUGAUCACUAACUAUUAACAAUAUAAUUAUGUUAGUGUGUUAGUUAUGUUAAUUAGAAUGUUAGUUAAAUGUCACAUCAAGUUAGUUAGAGUUUGAAAGUUAGUUAGUCACACAUUUUGCAUUUUACAUCUUUGUAUUUGUUGAACACAAAACUCCAAUUCUUUUGUAUAUAUAUUGAAGUAAUCAAUACAGAAAAGGAUGUUUUUCCAUCUUCUUCAAAUCAGUAUCUUUAAAUCUCUUCUUCUUCUUCUUAAUCGACUGCCAUGGCUUCACAUUGUUUUGGUGUAGAUGAUCACCAUUGUUGAGCAUUUUAACAUGGUAUUAGAGCAAGGCUACUCUUCCUGUUUCUGAUCUGAAUCUUCUAUUGAUUCUUCUUUGUUUAGUUGAUUUUCUUGGGUCCAGUCGAUUCUUCAUCAUGACAGGUUCUGAAAAUGUUCCGUCAGCACAAGGAACUUCUGUUAAUAUUGAUGCACACAACACUCUCUACAUACAUCCUUCGGAUAGCCCUGGUAUGGUACUGGUUCUAGUUCAAUUUUAUGGAACAGGAUAUAGAUCCUAGAGAGGGGGAGUUAUGAGAGCUUUAUCAAUGAAGAACAAGCUUGGAUUCAUCGAUGGUAACUGUGUUAAACCAGCUGCAAAUUCAAACCAGUCGCAUCAAUGGCAGAGAUGUGAUGAUAUGGUAACUUCCUGGAUCCUAAACUCUCUUACUAAGGAAAUUGCAGAUAGUGUAGAGUAUGUUAGUGAUUCAGUGGAACUUUGGAAGGAACUUGAAGAUAGUUAUGAUCAAACGAAUGAAGCAAAGUAAUAUCAAAUUCAAAAGGAGAUUAAUGAUCUCACACAGGGAAGUUUGGACAUCACAGUCUAUUACACUAGAAUGAAAAAGCUUUGGGAAGAGUUGAGUACUUUUAAUUUAAAGAAUCAGUGUUCUUGUGCUUGUAAUUGUGGAGCCAAGGAUGGAUUGUACAGAGCAGAACAAGAUAGACGUUUCAUAAAAUUUUUAAUGGGAAUGAAUGAAGUGUAUACUGUGAUAAGAGGCAACAUUCUUAUGAUGAAUCCUCUUCCAACAAUGGCACAGGCUUUCUCCUUGUUGAUUCAAGAGAAGAAGCAAAGAGAAUUCAAACCUGCUAAUCAAAUUCCUGUGGAAUCAAUUUCUUUGAAUGUGAACUCAUCUAAUAAUAAUGGAAAGGGAUCAACAGGAAGGAACUACAAAGCAUCAUUCUCUAAUGAUAAAUACUCUGGAAAUACUUCAGGAAAUAACAACAAUUAUGGAGGGUCCAACUAUUUUCCAGGUAAUAGUAGCAAUAGAAGUGCUAUGGUUUGUAGUUACUGCAAAAAGACAGGACAUAUCAGGGAGAAAUGUUAUAAGUUGAUUGGAUAUCCUAAUCAGACUAACAGGAACAAUGGAUCUCAUGCAAGGCAGAACACUAAUCAUGAAUAUAGAGGAAGGAGAGUUGUAGCUAAUGUUCAUGGAUCUUCUGAUGAUAUGAUAUCUGCACAAGGAGAAGAUUGUAUGCAGGGUAAUAAGAAUCAAAAGAUCACAGUUACUAAAGAUCAAUAUGAUAACAUGAUAAAACUUUUGCAGAAUUUUCGAGUUGAAGGAGCCGAUUUAAAGAAUUCAAACAUGGAAGCUGGUUCUGUGAAUUUUGCAGAGGCCCCUUUAGUGAAGAGGCCUCAGGUGCUUGGUAGUAGCAGAGAAGGACUUUAUUUUCUUUGUUCAAGAUGUCUGAAGAAUCCUGCUAAGUCCACCACAUGUUGCUGCAUAUCUCACAACAAUCAUAAUUCUUCUUUGUCUAGCAAUAGUGGUCAGGUUACAAAUAAAGCCUUACAUGAUAAUAACAAAUGUACUGAUCCGACUGUAUGUUCUUCUACUUCUGAUACUAUAUCUACUGAACAUGGUGUAGACCUAUUCUGGAAUAAUAUACUUGGCCAUGUGCCUUUUGUGAAAAUGAGGAAAAUACCUACAAUCCCAGCUAGUUUUUCAAACAAACAACCUUUUAUGUGUACAAUCUGUCCUAUGGCAAGACAAGAAAGAUUACCUUUUAGUCAAAGUGUCACACAUUCAAAUUCCAUUUUUGAACUUCUUCAUGUUGAUAUAUGGGGUCCUUAUCAUACACCUACCCAUGACAACUACAAAUAUUUCAUCAUUAUAGUGAGAUUACCUGCAGGGAAACAAGCAAUUGGAUGUAAAUGGGUGUAUAAAGUGAAGCAUAUAUCUGAUGGUAGCACUGAAAGGUUUAAAACCAGACUAGUAGUUAAAGGCUAUACUCAACAAGCUGGUGUAGAUUAUACAGAGACAUAUUCUCCAGUGGUAAAAAUGACCACUGUGAGGACCUUGAUUGCAUGUGCUGUUAAAAAGGGUUGGGAUAUGUUUCAGCUUGAUGUGAACAAUGCCUUUCUUCAUGGUGAUCUUCAUGAGGAAGUAUACAUGAAACCACCACAAGGGCUUACUGUGGAUGAUUUAAGCUUAGUGUGCAAGCUCAACAAGUCUCUUUAUGGUCUAAAACAGGCUAGUCGACCAUGGUAUGCCAAGUUGACUGAAGCUUUAUCACUCAGAGGAUAUGUACAUUCACAUCAUGAUUACUCACUUUUCUACAGAAAGGCUGGUGCCUUAGUUGUUUUGUUGUAGUCUAUGUUGAUGAUGAUAUUCUCACAGGAACAAACACUACUGAGAUUACAGAAUUAAUGGCUUGCUUGGAUAGCACUUUUAAGAUUAAAGAUCUUGGUCGAUUGCAUUAUUUUCUGGGAUUAGAGAUACUUGACAUACCAGGAGGGGUACUUGUCUCCCAGAGGAAGUUUGUAUUAGAUUUUCUAAAAUAAUAUGACUGUUAUAGUCAUAGUUCACUUACAUCUUCUCUUGAUCCAAAUAUCAAAUAAAGAGACAAAGAAGGAACUCCACUGCCUCAUCCCACAUACUACAGAAAAUUAGUGGGAAAUUGAAUUUUCUUACCAACACUAGAUUGGACAUAGCAUUCACUGUUUAACAUUUGAGCCAAUUCAUACAAGAUCCCAGAACUCCACAUCUGCAGGCAGCAUUUCAUCUUCUUAGGUACUUGAAACAAGAUCCAACUCUGGGCCUUCAUUUAACCAAAGAUCCUGAUUGCUCAAUCAAAGCAUAUUGUGAUUCAGACUGGGCAUCUUGUCCAGACUCAAGAAGAUCAGUCAGUGGUUAUUUGGUUUUACUUGAAAACAGUCCAAUCAGUUGGAAAUCAAAUAAGCAGGAAACCAUCUCACUAUCUUCUGUAGAAGCAGAAUAUAGAUCCAUCAGGAAGGUUGUAGGUGAACUGGUUUGGCUUCACAGGUUGAUAAAUGAGCUAACUAUAUCUGAUUCUUCACCAAUCCGUGUCUUUUGUGAUAGUCAGGCUGCUAUCCACAUAGCUCACAAUCCUAUUUUCCACGAAAGAACCAAACAUAUUGAAGUCGAUUGUCACUUCGUAAGCAGUAAACUUCAGGAGGGGCUCAUUUCACUACAUCAUAUUUCCACUACUAAACAGCUAGCAGACAUACUCACAAAGGCCCUUAGUGGAGUUAAACAUUCAGCAUUACUAAACAAGUUGGCUGUAAGAUCAUCACCGCCAACUUGAGGAGGGGUAUUAACAAUAUAAUUAUGUUAGUUUGUUAGUUAUGUUAGUUAGAAUGUUAGUUAGAAUGUUAGAUAGAUGUCACAUCAAGUUAGUUAGAGGUUGAAAGUUAUUUAGUCACAUAUUUUGCAUUUUACAUCUUUGUAUUUGUUGAACACAAAACUCCAAUUCUCUUGUAUAUAUAUUGAAGUAAUCAAUACAGAAA